UUUGCAGACAGCUGUAACUCAUCAGUUAAAGCAGCUAAACGGAACACAAUAUGUAAUUAUCCAGAUCGAAACCAGUCAAAAAUCCAGUUUAGGUGCAAGUCCAAGGAUUUUGUCUGUGAAGACUUAUCCCCACAAUCAUAUCAAGUUUCAAAUAAAGAUUCUCCAGACAGUCUUUACUCAUGUAAAAUGGAGGAGAGAAACACAGAUAAACGUCAAGCUAAACUCAUUCUAACGGUUACAGAUAUUGUAACUUUCACAAAAUCACCAAUUAUUGGAGAGAACCUUGAUUUCUUUUGCAAAUAUGAUGACAAAGACCAAAACCCUGACAAAUUCGUCUGUCAGGGAGAAGAUCCAAUCGAAUGUAAAAAUAUCAUAAGUACCGAAACUGCAGAUGAAAACUCCAGGUUUACAAUGGUUAAUAAUAAUAAGAAUGGUAAUAUCACUAUAACAAUGAAAGACGUAAGAGCCAACGACUCUGGUACAUACUGGUGUGGAACGAAGCGGCAGGGCAGUCGAAUAUUCAUAAGCCGACUCUUGUUGAAUGUAGUCACAACACCCACAUCUCCUACUCCAACUACAACUUCUGGUACUUCUGGUGGCUUGAGUUCAGUGGUGAAAACACCAAUCAUCAUGAUAGCAGUUGGAGGGACGCUGAGUCUUUUGGUGAUAGUUACAUUUUGUCUGUACAAACGAUGUCUUUGUUCAGAUAAAGCAGAAAACAGAUCUGGAGAACAUCCCAGAGAGGACUGCAUAUAUGAAGAGAUACCAGAUGACCUACAGACUAAAGUGGGCACCAUUUAUGCCACAGUCAACUUUUCGCCUAACGACCCAGCUUCAAUGCAUUAUUGUACUAUCAAUUUUCAAAGCGGCUCCACCAAAACCACUGAUGGAGAAGCUCAGAUCGUGGAACCCUCCUCAUCCUCUUGUCAGUAUUCUGCCAUAAAGUUGAGCCAAAACUCAGCUUCCCUCAGUGGUCCACCAACCAAAUCUACAGGCAAACCGCUUUACUCAGCAGUCAAGAAAUAACAAUAGAAAAUGAACAAAUAAAAAACAAAGAAGUAAAAGAUUGGAGGACAUAAGUUUUAUUUGAUCAGAGCAAACAUUGUAAAUACUUUCAAGCUGGAAUCAGUUGAUGUUUUAAAAUAUGAUAUGUGACAUCUGACCUGCAGUGCAAUGAUGGAGCUCAGUAUUAAAGUUUGAUUUCUGUGUUCACUUCAGCCUCAUAUUUAUCACAUCACAGGAUGCACUGUGACAGUAUUUUGCCUUUUUAUGCAUUAUUUGACAAUUGCACUUGGAAACCAUCAUUACUACAGGUGUAUUAUGCUUGCUGUUUUGUGAUUUUAUCUGUUUUGUAUUUGGUUAGUGUUCAUAUCAUUUUUUUUUUUGCUUCACUCAUUGUUUUA